GCGAGGGCUGAGGGGGAAGCGCUGCUCCCUCUCCCUCCAUCCCUCCCUCCAUCCCUCCUUCCCUCCCUCCCGCGGCUCCUCCCGCCCCGGGCCCGCCAUGGAGCCCAGCCCGCCGAAGCGGAAGGAGCCGCGCAAGGCGCUGCGCGUUAAAGUCAUCUCCAUGGGCAACGCCGAGGUGGGCAAGAGCUGCAUCAUCAAGAGGUACUGCGAGAAGAGGUUCGUGUCCAAGUACCUGGCGACCAUCGGCAUCGACUACGGCGUCACCAAGGUGCAGAUCAGGGACCGGGAGAUCAAGGUGAACAUCUUUGACAUGGCGGGACAUCCCUUCUUCUAUGAGGUCCGGAACGAGUUCUACAAGGACACGCAGGGGGUGCUCCUGGUGUACGACGUGGGCUCCAAGGAAUCCUUCGACUCCCUGGAUUCGUGGCUGGCAGAGAUGAAGCAGGAGCUGGGCCCCCACGGGAACAUGGACAACGUCGUCUUCGUCGUCUGCGCCAACAAGGUGGACUCAGCCAAGCACCGGAGCGUGGACGAGAGCGAGGGCCGGCUCUGGGCCGAGAGCAGAGGGUUCCUCUACUUUGAGACCUCGGCACAGACCGGAGAGGGCAUCAACGAGAUGUUCCAGACGUUCUACUCAGCCAUCGUGGAUCUGUGUGAGAACGGCGGGAAGCGCCCUCCCGGCGGCUCCGGGCUGGCGUUCACCAAGGAGCAGGCGGACGCCAUCCGCAGGAUCCGCAACAGCAAGGACAGCUGGGACAUGCUGGCACUCAAACCCGGAGCCACCAGGGAGGAGGUGACGAAGGCGUACCGGCGCCUGGCCGUGCUGCUGCACCCGGACAAGUGCGUGGCCCCCGGCAGCGAGGACGCCUUCAAGGCCGUGGUCAACGCACGCACCGCCCUCCUCAAGAACCUCAAGUAGGGGGGGAAAACGGGAAAAAACGGGAAAAACAACUGGGAAAAAAACUCAGGAGAACCCCCGGGAUUUGAACA